GGCCCAGCAGUUUCCAAACAGAUCAAGACCAUGGCAAUCCUCAGGUCCCUGCUGCUGCCACUGGGGCUGUUUCUGUGCCUUGGACUGCUGUGUUCUCCUGCCAGCUGUAUAAAUCACAAUGACAACUGCACGUUCUUCAGUAAGGUCAUUGCCACCACUUACUCAGGAAUCCAUGCCAACCAGAACGUCUAUAAAAGCAAUACAGUCUACACAGUGUCAGUUCCUGUGAAUAACAGUAUUAGCUCUGUGGUCCUGCGAGCAAUGGACCAGCACGACUCAGUCAUUGGCUCCUGGCAAAAAGCUGACAAGUAUUGCAACGGCAGCGUCUUGUACCACAUGAAGAGCCCAUACAGCAAGCUCUUCGAGGCAAAAUGGGUAUCUCCUAGUUCCAUGAACAUAACUGCAGUCAAGCUACAAGUCUUCACGGUCGAUUUCCACAACACGGCUAGAGUUUCUCUUAAGAUGCUGAAAAGAAAUGUAACCACAACCCACAAACUAACCACAACCCACAAGCUAACCACAACCCAAACCACAGCCAAAAGCUCGGCCAACAGAGCCUUCCUCAGCCCCAUGAGAGAUGUCAUUCAGAUCCUGCUCAUCUUUCUCACCAGCAAACUCCUCUUCUAG